CCCUAUCUCUCUCUCUUUCUCACUUCUCAGCUGCAACACUCACUCUCUCAACUCCCUCUCCCUCACGCUCGGCGAACAACACGAACGGCGAAUGAUGAACGGCCAACGAUCGUGGGUAUUGGGCAAACGGUGGGGGGCUUGGGGGCCGGUCAUGGGCAAACGGCACAUACGAUAGGGGCUUAGGGGUCUUGGGUGGUUCGGUCUCGUGGAGGGGUCGUGGGUGGCUCAGUCUCGCAGAGGGGUCGUGGGUGGCAGUGUAGGUAACGGCGUGACAAUUUGGCUAGGCUCGGCAUUGUGGAUGCAGGCGCAAGCGAGGGACUCAACAUCAUUGGCUCAAUAUACUGUAAGGCGUGGGGCGUCCAUGAGUGUUGGAUGAUUAAUGAAGGGAAAGAGCUGGAUAUUAUUCUAUUUUCCUCCACUGGCUCUUUUGGAACUGUCUAUCAUACUAAAUGGCAUGGCUCAGAUGUUGCUGUCAAAGUACUCAAGGAACAAGAUUUUCAUGCAAAGCACUUCAAAGAAUUUCUAGAGGAGGUUGCUAUCAUGAAACGUUUGCAGCAUCCAAAUAUUGUUAGCUUUAUUGGUGCAAUUACUCAGCCACCAAACUUCUCCAUAGUUACAGAGUACUUAAAAAAUGGUUGCUUGGAUAAACUUUUAAGGAGGUCGGAUGCUGGAGUUAUACUUGAUGAAAGGCUUCGGCUGAAUAUGGCUUACGAUGUAGUAAUGUCUCAGUGUGAUUAGUUGCUUUUUGUUUCUAUGUUGAAAGAACUCGGUGACUGGCUAUCUACAUCUUAUUAUUCAUGGCUCCCCUAUAAAUGUUUAGUAUAAUCGUCUCCCCGCUUUUGUUUAGGAUUCUUUCUCUGAAAUCUGUCUUGUUUUGUCACUUGAUAUAGAAAAUAGCUUAGUGUGGCAAAAGCUAGAAUUUGUCUUUGGUAAAGACUUUCAACACUAGUUUUUAUGAAAUUGCAGUAUUUUUUUUUCUAGAGAUGUGACACUCAAAGUUCUUUGGGAUUUAAAUGUUGGUUUGAAAUUAUUUCUACAUAGCAUGUGGACUGUCUAUAGGUUAAUUAGUAUGUGCGAGUAACUAAAUAUCUCUCCAAACUCCAAUACUAAAUCUAGACAUUAUGCAGAUAGACAUCUAUUUUUAACGUUUUGCACUUAAAUUUCUUUUAUAUUGGAUAUAUGUAAUUGAUAUUUUGAUUA